AUGAAGUUGGAGAAUGGAGAGGACAACAAUAAAGGCUGUACUGCAUUUUCUGAACUGAGCAGAAUUGGUGGCUAUAGACAGCUUUCAGCGGCAGAGAGUGAAGACUCAAAUGCGAAUGGAACAAUUUUGCCGAAACCAAAUUUGAAGGUUUACAGUUUGGCUGAAUUGAAGGUGGUCACCAGUAAUUUUAAGCCUGAGAUGGUCUUGGGGACAGGGGGUUUUGGGACAAUGUUUAAAGGAUGGGUUGAUGAGAACACGCUUGCACCAUCUAAACCCGGUAGUGGGAUGAUUGUUGCUAUCAAGAGAUUGAGCCCUGGAAGUUUGCGAGAACAGUCAGAAGUGAACUUGUUGGGAAAGCUUUCGCAUCCUAAUGUGGUUAAGCUGAUAGGGUAUUGUCAGGAAGAUGAAGAACAGCUACUUGUCUAUGAAUUUAUGCAGAAGGGAAGCUUGGAUAACCAUCUUUUCAGAAGAGGUGAUGCCAUUCAAUGGGACUUGCGGCUCAAAAUUGCAAUAGGAGCAGCCCGGGGCCUAGCUUUUUUGCAUACUUCAGAAAGGCAAGUUAUCUAUGGGGAUAUGAGGACCUCCAACAUUCUUCUUGAUGGGAAUUACAAUGCAAAAAUGUCGGAUUUUGGGUUAGUUAGACUAGGGCCUCGAGUGAUGGGCGCAGAGGGUUAUGCUGCACCCGAAUACAUAGCAACAGGCCAUGUAUCUGUGAAAACUGAUGUGUAUAGUUUCAGUGUCAUUCUGCUUGAGAUAUUGACCGGCUUGCGAGCAAUUGACCGUAACCGACCUACCAACCAACAUUUUUUGGUGAAAUGGGUGAAAUCCAUGGACCUCUCUCAUCAGAAAGGGAAGUUGAAGUCUAUAAUGGAUCCUAAAAUGGAAGGCCAAUAUUGUACAAAGGCAGCAUUGCAGGUUGCUCAGCUUGCUUUGAGAUGCCUGGAAAAUGAGCCUUGCAAACGGCCUUCCAUGAAUGAAGUAGUGCAAAUUUUGGAAGAAAUUGAAGCUAUGGGAAACUCGUUGGAUGGGAAUUAA